AUGGUGAAAUUAAAAAAACGUUAUCUUUUAAUUGAAUUACAGUUUGUGGAUGAUAGAAAGGAUGCGUUCAUAACAGGAUCAGAUAUUUAUCAUUCAAUCUUUGACCAAGUUGGGCAUCUUCAUGGAGAUUAUGGAGUUGGUGCUAUUAAAGGGUCAUUACAGGUUAAAGUUCGUGAUCCAUCCACAAACACUGCAGUUAUCCGAAUCGGCUCAAAUGAACGUUCUUUUGUAAGCACUGCAAUACCUUUUAUUUUAACAAUUGGAAAGUGCCGGUGUACUUUACAACUUUUAUUUGAAGGUUAUAUGAGUGUUUGAAAAAAUUUAGAUUUAUUUUAGGUUCUUCGAUUAGAACUGUUGAGAGAUUCUUACUUCGUUCAAAUUUGAACAUGUUAUAUACUAAACUAAGGGUCGCAGAAAAUGAAGAAAAAUCAUCCCUUAGAGCUGAAAUUCGAUCAAUUACUGGGACAAAAGUAGCUCAUAUUCGAUU